CUGUUCUACGUCGACUUCUACCAUCACCCCCUGCAUCGACCUCUACUCAUUCGCUGGCCAUCGUAGAUGGAGGCAAGUCGUACCGUCUCGCAGAGCUACGUUGCCUUUGCUUCGGCGGUCAGGCGGCUCCUUCUUCCAACGACCAGUCGUGCUCCCAAGACACGCCUUGGCCAUGACAGGCUCGCCCAGGACCGAGCAUUCUCAUCGACGGUCGAAGCUGCUGCGUCGGCGGUCGGAUCUGCGUCUUCACCACGACCUCUACCAGUAUAUGCAACAUAUGGUCUGCAGAGCCUCAUAGCGCAGCGCAUGUCAUGGGACCACUGGCCUGCAGGACCUCCUCAAGCCCUUGGCGUUGACGAGCUUGAAUUACCCAUGCCCUUCACAACGCCGCCUCCUCCCCGUUCCUUGUCAGUAGAGCACGAGGAGGAACCUGUAGAGCCCCAGGAAAGUAGUUCCCCACCGACGUUACACCGGCCGACGACCCAUCUGCAUUCAGGCCCCCGAGCAGCGCGCCUCAUGUUGUCGAAAGGCAAGCUAGGGCAAGGGAUGCUUCACUUCCAAGAAGCCCUCCGCAAAACAUCAAUACCACACACCCUCCUGCCGCCUUUGAGUCCUGGAGAGCGAUCGCCUAUAAGGCAAGAGGACCUCAUUCGCGAGGGCGACUUCGAAGCUAUCUUGCUUGAGCUCAGACUCAUCUUCUCAGGCCGCAGGCAGCUAGAUCGUGCUGCUGCUUGGGAGCGAAAGGCCUGGAGACCCGAUGGACUACCACUUGACCGCAACAUCGGUGACGUUCCGCAAAGCAUACUAGCAGCAUUUGCAAUGGGGAGUACCUUCGACAGCUGCAUAGCAAUGGGUUACCGGCCUUCAAGCAGGAUGGUAGCUAUCCUCAUCUCUUGCUUGUCUCACUUGUUGCCGACGGAAGCAUUCACAGAAGCAGUGGAACUGGCCAUGAGCUCAAGAGGCGGAGAGAAUAUGGGCAGGGACAUCCUCGCUGCCAUUGUAGUGGGUUAUGGAAGGGCAGGCCAGCCUGAGAAGGGGGAGGCGUAUCUUGCAAGGUAUACGGACCUUCAUCGGGACGUUAGCGCUUCCGCAACAAAAUUAUCUGCCUCAAAUGUAGACUCGGAUGGCUGGAGCCACGAUGUUGGAAUCUGGAAUGCUCUUGUCCGUUCUCACGCUAUUGCUGGCCAGCACGGGAAAGCAAUGGCAUGGCUGCGGAGGUAUUCAGCCUUUUGCCAAAGGCCCGACGUGCCCAAGGAGCUCAAGCCGCAAGGUUCACCUUCGAUCUAUCUCACACUCCUGACGUCUAUCGCUGAGCGAAAAUUCACGAGAGGAAGCAGCGAGGGGAUCAGCGACAACGUGACCCGUGAGGUCAUGGCUGUCGUCAGCCUGAUGAUGCAGCAUGGUGUCAAGGCUCACACUGCAAUGCUGAACUUUCUCGCCGACUUUGAGAGGCGGAGGGGGGAGCAUGUGUCCGCGAAGAAGCUUCUCUCGCAAGUCGCCUCAAUUAACGCUCAGGCUGACGGACUAGGUCAGUUUGAAAAUGCAGUGUUGCCCGACGGUCAUGAUGUUGAUCGAACAUCGCAGCAUAUCCUCGAAGAGAGGAACAAUUGGGAUAGCCACACUUACAGACAAGCCUUCGAGCUCGUCACGCAGAACUCUCUCGCAGGAGCGAAGAAAGCAGCCGACCCGGCCUCUGUGCUGCCUUCGCCGCGUUCACUCCUCUCAUCUCUACUCAACGCCCACCAUCAGAAGGCUCGAGGUCGACCUCGCGUUACAUCUUCUGCGCUGCACAGCAUCACACUGCUAACCGCCAUCAAAUCCUGCCUGACCUAUCGAGACUAUCCUGCCGCCGUAGUUGCUCUCCAGACAUUUACCGUCUGCGCUCUCCCGCUGCCUGUAGCAGAGGUCUUCAAGAUCAUCUCGCACGGAGUCAAGAAGCACUCGUUCCUUGCCCCGGCCCAGAUGUACUCGCGUCUGAACGAUGGCGUUGGAAGCAUUCCCAAGAUCGGACCUCUUCAGGGUAUGUUGGAGGCAGCGAUCCUACAUGAGCUGCAAGAGGGGAAGGAGUCCGACUGCUCCGACUCGCCCGGGUGGGUCAGAGCAGCUCUAGGUGCGAGCGGCGCGAGUGGCGCAAGCUGGGAUGCAUUGCCAGACACAGACAAGCUUCACACUGUCAUGCGGGACGUCAGGAAAGAGGUCUUACCGACAAGACGGUCUGACAAGCCUGUUCUGACUCCAGAGCAAUUGAAGGCUGCUAGGAAGCAGGCGGAGAUGCGAGCUCACCGACGGAGCCAGCAGCUAGGAACCGUAGAGGUAGACUGAGAGGCUCUGGUAGAAUUAAUCUCUUGUAUUUGUACUAUUACUGUACACACUCUGUCCCUCUGCCUCUGUAAAAUUACAAUGAUACCACUUUAGAAAGACACAACUUUCCUCUUUGGUGCGGCAAUCCCACCUCCCAUCGCUACCUUCUGCCUCUUACCGUCCCUCUUCUCCUCUCGAUCCACCUCGACUUUCCUCCUGGCAAAAUCAAUAAAGUCGU